ACACGAUCGAACAACAUUCAAUCGCACAGCCACUGAACCAACACGGUACUAAUUGCUGACAUAGUGGCAGUGCUCCUGGAGAGUCGAGACAUCGAUCCAUCAUCUUCUGACAGCGCUUGAAUAUAACUACAGUAUGGCGGAAGAAGAAGACAGACGGAAAACUAUCAGUGCGUUGGAGGCCACUCCCAAUGCACUUCUCCUCAGAUCUUCAUCACAGACAGAUUGCUCCUCGUCAAUGCUUUAACUGAGGGAGCUCUGGAAGAGAUGAUGGAAAACCCUGAUUAUUUUGACGAGGACACUGAGGAGUUCCUUGGAGACUUGAACUGCACAGACGCAUUGGGAAAUACCGCUCUUCACCUCGCUGUACGUCAAGGACAUCCGGCUGAUGUAGUGGCUCUCUGUGGCGGGGCUGUCGACCUUGACCUCCGCAACAAGAAUGGCGAUACACCACUCCAUAUCGCUUUAAAGGAGAUGGAAGAAGAUCAGGAUCGUUUUGAAAUUGUUCAAGAACUAAUAUGUUGUGGCGCAGAGUGCAAACAGGCAAUGUCAGGCGGCCUCACACCACUGGAAUAUGCGCAAAGUCGAUAUCCUUUAGAAAACGCUUUACACGAGAUCAUCGCAAAUCCCCCAUGUGAUGACGAGGUUGACGAGGUUGAAAUACAGCCAGAACAACUGAGGAAACAAAUGUAUGACAGAAGUGAUUUCGUAGACAAUGACGAAGAUGGAAGCGAGGGAUCAAGCCUGGAGGCCGAAUAGAUUAUAUAUGCGUAUCAUUUGCACUCCUUGAGUAUUAUAGACCAAUGGGGUCCUUCAAGAUCUAGAGUUAGUUCGGAUGUGCUUUGCCUUUGAUCUCAUUACAAUCUUGCUUUGGGACAUGAUGUUCAUCAGCAGCGACUGACUUGGACGACGACAGUUUUAGCAUUCUUACUUUGCAACCAUAUCUCUGCGCCGUGUGUUACAAAAUUUGAUCGGUAUUCAAU